AUGAUUUCUUCGGAAAUUUUAUCUGGAUUUAAUGUUGAUGGUGAUUAUAACAAAGCAAUUUUUAUAGAAAAUAAAAGCAAACAAAUGGAUUCGAAUCAACCUUUGAAAAGAAUGAAAACUAUUCACACGGAUAUUCAUAUGAUAAAACGUUUAGCAGAAGAAUUUUUCUUCAAAUCACAUUCGUUUAGUGAUUUGGUGCUUGUUGUUCAAGAUAAAGAAUUAUAUGUUGAUAGAAGCGUACUGGCAGCUGGGUCAAAAGUUUUUCAAUCAUACUUUCAAGACGCAAAUAUGGAUUCAAUCGAAAUUCUUGAUGUAACACCUGAUGAAAUGAUUGAACUAUUACAAUUUUUAUAUCCACAGUUUCGACGUACCAUUAAUAAUGAUAAUGUGACGAUUUUACUCAUUCUUGCUCAUCGUUUUGAAUUGAAUUUUAUUUCAUCAGCAUGUCGAACAUUCAUAUUACUUUAUUUAUCGAAAUUUGAGUAUAUCAAUAUGUAUCCAAAUGGUGGUGAAUUUAUUCAACAAGAUGAUGGUAUACGUUUAUCGAUUUCAUCGAUUCUUGAUAUUUUAUGCAUUUGGUUUCGUGAAUUUCUACUCGUCGGCGAUAGAACUGCAUGUGACGCUAUCUUAAAUAGACUAGCGAGAUGUAAUAGUUCAAGUAUUCUUGCAUCGAAUGGUUUUAUGGAUUUAGAAGAUAGAAUGAAAUGGAAAAUUUUUCAAGCACGAACAAAAUAUUUAGAAAAUCAAAGAAUAUCGGAAUUCGAACAAAAAUGA